ACAAACAAAUGUCCACAGCGUUUUUCUCUGCUGGGGCUCGCCGUGGGGGAAAAAAAAGAGGAGAAAGAAAAACCGUGACAUGUCAGGCGGAUCUGAGAGACAACUCCAUGACAUCUGAAACAUGUGGCUCAAGCCAGAAGAGAUUCUGCUGAAAAACGCCUUCAAACUGUGGGUCACCGAGAAGGAUAAUGAGUACUUCAUACUGCAAAGGAGACGGGGGUACGGGGAAGGUGGAGGCGGCUUGACAGGCCUCCUCGUGGGAACUCUGGACACUGUGCUGGACUCCACAUCCAAAGUCGCCCCCUACCGCAUUCUGCACCAUACGCCAGACUCACAAGUCUACUGGUCAAUAGCAUGUGGCGUCACCAAAGAGGAGAUUGUUCAGCACUGGGAGUGGCUGCAGCAGAACAUCAUGAGGACGCUCUCCGUGUUCGACUCCAGCGAAGACAUCACCAGCUUCGUGCAGGGCAAAAUCAGAGGUCUGAUCGCAGAGGAGGGAAAGACGUCGCUGGUGCUGGAGGAAGAUCCCGAGAAGUUCAGAGAAGCUCUUCUGAGGUUUGAGAAGUGGUUCGAGCUGCCGUCGGAGGAGAAGCUGGUCACAUAUUACUCGUGCAGCUAUUGGAAGGGCAAAGUGCCGUGCCAGGGCUGGCUCUACCUCAGCACUAACUUCCUGUGCUUCUAUUCGUACCUUCUGGGUUCUGAGGUGAAACUGGUCAUCUCCUGGGACGAGAUCUGGAGACUGGAGAAAACCUCAAACGUUAUUCUGACUGAGAGCAUCCAUGUUUUGGCUCACGGAGAGGAUCAUUACUUCUCGAUGCUUCUGCACCUUAAUGAAACGUUCGUGAUCAUGGAGCAGCUCGCCGACUACUCCAUCAAGCGUCUUUUUGAUAAAGAGGCUUUCCAGAGAGAGCCGGCGCUGUCAGACCCGCUGCAAAUUACCAAGAGAGGCCUCGAAGCUCAUGCAAAGAGUGACCAAUUCCGAGCGUUUUUCAGGCUUCCCAAAGAGGAAAACCUGUUAGAGGUGCACGAGAGCUUUCUGUGGGUGCCCUUCAACCACUACAACACGCUCGGCAAGAUCUGCCUGUCGGAGAACUACCUGUGCUUUGCCAGUCAGGACGGCAGCCAGUGCCACAUUAUCAUUCCAAUGCGAGAGGUUGUUAAUGUUGAGAAACCGGAUCCCAGCAGCAGAGCGUUGACGGUCUGUGUGCGUGGCAAGAGGGCGCUGCGCUUCUCGGAGGUGCGGGACUACCAGCGGCUGGCAAACACCAUUCGCAGCAGGUGUGGGAUUUCUGCCAGCCCACAGCACUCUGCCUCAUCAGAGGUCAUACGGGGUGAGUGUCAGUCACUCAUAAACCACUUUGAGGACAAUCCAGAAGACGUCACUCUGAUGGUGGGACAGAAAGACAGCAGCAAGGCUGUGAGCACCGAAGCUCUCAUGACUGUUUUCCACCCCCAGGAUGUCGAAAACCUUGAUCCCAAAAUGCUGAAAGAAAAGAUGAAGGAGCAGUCCUGGAACAUCCAUUUCUCUGAAUAUGGACGCGGGACGAGCAUGUUCUUCACGAGGAAGACGCGAGACUUGAUUGUUCGUGGAGUUCCCGAGGCUUUGAGGGGAGAGCUGUGGAUGCUUUUCUCAGGAGCUGUGAAUGACAUGGCCACUCACCCCGGUUAUUACUCCGAGCUCGUCGAACAGUCUCUGGGCACGAGCACUCUGGCGACCGACGAGAUCGAAAGAGACCUGCACCGCUCUCUCCCUGAACACCCCGCCUUCCAGAGCGACACGGGGAUCUCGGCGCUCCGCAGAGUCCUGACUGCUUACGCCUACAGGAACCCCAAGAUUGGAUACUGCCAGGCCAUGAACAUCCUCACCUCAGUUCUCCUGCUCUACGCGAAAGAAGAGGAGGCUUUCUGGCUCUUAGUAGCGGUUUGUGAGAGGAUGCUGCCGGAUUACUUCAACCGCAGAAUCAUCGGUGCUUUGGUUGACCAGGCUGUGUUUGAGGAUCUGAUCAGAGAAAAUCUCCCCCAGCUGGUUGAGAACAUGACGGACCUGAGCUUCUUCUCAUCCGUGUCCCUGUCCUGGUUUCUCACCCUUUUCAUCAGCGUCUUGCCCAUAGAGAGCGCCGUGAAUGUGGUGGAUUGUUUCUUCUACGACGGGAUAAAAGCGAUCCUGCAGCUCGGCCUGGCGGUGCUGGACUACAACAUGGAGGCUCUGGUCUGCUGCCACGAUGACGCGGAGGCCGUCACCAUCCUCAACAAGUUCUUCGAUAGCGUGACAAACAAGGACAGCCCGUUGCCUCCCACGGUGCAGCAAGCCUCAGUGGGCAAUAAUGAGAAGACGUCCCAUGUCAAAGUGGACAUCAGUGAACUGAUACGAGAGGCCUACGAGAAAUACGGCAGUAUCCGUUCUGAGGAUGUUGAGAGUUCUCGGAAAAGAAACAAGCUUUAUGUGAUCCAGACUCUGGAGGAUACAACCAAACAGAAUGUUAUUCGGGUGGUGUCUCAAGAGGUCCGAUUUAACGCCUCGCAGCUUGAUGAGCUUUAUAAUUUGUUCAAAAGGCAGCAUUUCCUCAGCUGCUACUGGACAAUGAAGAGUCCUGCUCUGCUCCACCACGACCCCAGUCUGGCCUAUUUGGAGCAGUAUCAGUUGGGUUUUCAGCAGUUCAGCAUGCUCUUCUCCCUGCUGGAGCCCUGGGCUUUCUGCACCACCAAGAGCACCCUGUCCCUCUGGGUCUUCCGCUUGAUAGACGAGAAUCAGGACGGCCUCAUCAACUUUAAAGAAUUCUGCUGUGCCCUUGACACGUUAUUCAGCGGCUCAUUCACAAACAAGCUGAAAUUUCUCUUCAAGCUGCACCUGCCGCCAGCUUUCACAGGUAGCCCUUUGCACCUAAAGGAGCAAAGAAUCCAGCAGUUUAUUCCACUGCCUGAAGACUCUUCUCACUUGAGUAGAUUCACUGCAUUUGAUCUUCCAGAAGAUGGAGUAAUAAGGAAAAGCCCUGAAAGAGGUAGAGGAAAGGUUGACCUGCAGGCCUACCUCAAACAGUGGCAAAAUGAGAUUCUUAAGAAGGAGGAAACCAUCAAGGACCUGCCGAGAAUAAAUCAGACUCAGUUCAUCCAGUUCUCCAAGACCCUCUACAACAUUUUUCACGGCGAUCCUGAGGAGGAGUCGCUGUACCGCGCCGUGGCCCACGUGACCAGCCUCCUCCUGCGGAUGGAGGAGGUGGGGCGUCGGCUGCAGGAGCCGAGCAGCCCGCCCGCCACCACAGCGGCCGCCGACACCGCCGCCACCUCCGCCGAGGAGUCUCCAACCGAAGAGGCCUCCACCACUCCGGGGAGCUCCAACACCUCCGGCUCCCAGGACAGUCAGGACGCCGGGUCCGACCCGCCGGAGACGGAGUGGUCCUUCUCAUUCGAGCAGGUUCUCGCGUCUCUGCUCAACGAGCCGGCAAUCGUCAACUUCUUUGAGCGGCCAGUUGAUAUCCACCUGAAGCUGGGCCAGGCUAAAGUCGCCCAGCUCAAAGUAAAGGCGGCGAAGUGAGGGAGAAAGGGAAGUGAGUCGACACUUUGCUUCACGCUCAAGCAAGAGUUUGUUGUGAUGUUCCUUUCUCCACUUCCACACGAGGCUGAGGAUGUCAGUGAAGCAGACCGUAGGAUUCAGUAGUCUGUCAGGCAGGAGAUCUUCAGCACAGACGAGACACAACUUCUUUCUUUUUUUAACUGUUCUGUUGAUUCAGACCUGCUCGGAGGCUGAAAUCCCUAAAAUCCACUUAUGCAUUUUCAUCAUAGGAGUUUCUUAGCAUUUCAAUGAAGGGUUUACGUAGAAUUAUUUUGUAUUGCAAAGCGCACAUUCAUUGUUUUCCCAUUGCGACCACACGAGUGGCGGGAGAGCUCGUCUCUCCUCUUCGUCUGCGAUGCUGUCCUGAAGUCAAGCUCCGGAAUAAAUGGCUUGUACAAAGUGACUGUUUUAAGAUUUUCCGUCUGAAUAUCUUGAUGUUUACUGUCUUUCGGAAAAGUAGUCGCUGCUGAAACGUACUGUAAAUUUCUAGUGUGUCCCGAUACUUUGGUGUCUUGCGACGCUUCUCGUCCUCUGAACGUCCACCUCAUAUAGGCAGCACCAGCUUAUUGAUCAGUGCAGGCACAGUUUAGGAUCAUUUGUAUUUGCUCUUCUGAGAAAACCAUAAAUUAUAUAGAAAUAUAUCCGACAGGAGACUUUAGAUAUUUCAGUAGAGGCAUUAAAGAUUAAAUCUGUACUAACAUGGGAGAAAAGAUGCUCUGUUGUCUGUCAUGCGUUCAUUGCACACAUUGUGACCCACAGCAUGACUUUAUGUGAUUCAUGCUUUGUGAAGGUGAAUAUUCUCCCUCCUGCUGCGGGUAUUUCACCUGCCUCCGCUCCAAAAUCCACCUAGAGCAGUGCCGUGUGUUACUCUCACAGUGUCACUAAUCGGUGUAUUGUUUCCUUACGUUUGGAAGUGUGGGGUGUUGUGAAAAUGAAAGGUGGUCACCGAGGUAGGCAUUUGAUUCUUGUGUUUUUAAGACUUACGUUGGAAAUGUAAAAUAUGAGCUUGUGGACUGUUGUGGAGAACCUAAACCUUUCGAAGGACAUUCAGUUUAAUCAAAUCUCAGGGCGACAUUUCUGUAAAAUGAAAAGGAGAAAAGGGAUAUUUUUCAGCCUGGGAUAUAUAGAUAUAUAAAUAUAUAUGAGUUGUACACCGCCUCUGUCUGAUCUGUAACUUCAAAAUAUAGAGCAUGUGUAGCACAGUUACAGGGUUUGCCACUUUAUGCCAGCGUUUGACAAACAGCAUUUUACUGCUUGCAACCGAAUGCCACAUUUGAAGGUUUAUUAAAUGCUAUUGUUACUUUUUUUUUUUU